CAGUGGAGUCCUGACCACAGAAGAGAGGCUGAGGAGGAACCAUGUCCACCGACCAGGACCCAACGUUCUCAGUCAAGCUGCUGCAGCUGAUGCUGCUCUCCACCUACUGGGGAAUGCAGAUUUGGGUCACCUUUAUUUCAAGCUUUGUGAUGGACAGCCACCUGAGCAGACACACGUACGGGUUUAUUCAGAGUCGCCUUGUCCCGUUCUACCUCCACCUGGGUUCAGCUUGUGCCUUCUUCAACCUCACCAUCUACGCUGUCUAUCACCCAAGCGACAUGCUGGACGAGAGAGAAUCCUUCCAGAUCUUCAUCUUCUUUGUGUCGGUGACGGUUGCGGCAGUCAACGCCCAAUGGUUUGGCCAAAUGACAUCGGAGAUCAUGGCAGACAUGCACCUCAUUGAGCAGGCGUGCGGACUAGGGCAGGACAUCGGCCUGUCGUCUAACCGUGAAGCUUACGCCAAGCUGUGUGAGUCGGAUGUCAAAUACAGACACCUCAGCAGUCGCCUGUGGCUGUACAGACUGCUGUCCUCCCUCUGUAACCUCUGCUGCAUCGGCUGCAAUUUCUACAGUCUCUGGUACUUGGCUGAGAACCUCGCCACACUGUAAAACUGACACUCAGCAGCUGGACUGUAACAUUGCUUGGAAGUUGUCCGUUUCUUGCCAAUCUAGAAACCUUUUGUAUCAAAGCCAUAAGUUAUACAUCUAACACGUAAGGUCAGUCUCUCCACAUCUGCCUUAGAAUGAAAAUGGAUUGAAAAAAUCUGUUGGUCCCGAUGUUCUUCUAUCUUGAAGAAUAAUGAAAGGAUUUAUCUUCCAUGCAGAGAUUUCAUUCCCACUUCUUGUCGGUUUUGACAAAGUCAGUCAAGCUGAAUUUCUCUCUGAAAUGUUAUAGGGAGCCAAAUCACUUCCUGCAAUGAGCCUAAUGACUGAUCUUUACCCUCGUGAAAGGCUGAGGCGGGUGCCUUACAAUUUAUUUUCAUUUCUUUUACUUCAUAAUAUGGUACAUUAUAGGAAUCUAUAAAAGGGAAUGCUUUUAAAAUCCCAGAGACAAUGCAGGCAGAAAAUGGCUCAAAUGCACUGAAUAUGCACUGAACUUCUUUUAAAUCGAAGCAACAGAAAGGCAUGUUUAAAUAAUACAACUACUGCUGUGCUGCUCAGUCCUGCUCUCCCUGUUUGGGUGGAGUUCUUAUACCUUGCUCACAGUGUUGUGUCACAGGUUUAUCUGGCUUUCCUGAAGUAAAAUUGAAAGUGACACUAUCUUUAUCUCUCCUGGCUGCUGCUGGUAUAGAAAUAGGUAAAAAACUUAAAGUAUAUGAUAAAUAAUUACAACUACACUUGUUUAAGCCAGCGGCUUCUAUCAGAUAGGACUUAUGCAAAUAAAAUAAAUAGCAUUAUUCAGCAAUGCUAUAUGCUGCUGUGAGAGCUCAGCCUUCAUUUGUGGCUGAGAGGGAAUGCAUCACAGGCAAAAGUCUGUUUGAAAACCUGAAUGGCUUCUCAGCAGUCAACAUCCCAGGAUGAUCUUAAAAAUGACAUACUAUAUAUAUAUAUGGUGGUGAAGGAUUUUGUGCUUCAUUUUACAAACCUUCAUCGACUGAACAAAAUAAAGAGAAUUUUUAAUUAAAGCUAAA